AUACGAAUCUUGGUCAUCAACUGUCAAAAGGCACGAAACACGCACGAACCGGCACCCCUUUUCAAUUACCCUCACGUUGCACGUGGAUUUCUUUAUUGACCUGCGCUUACAACUUCUUAAAACAGAAUCAAUAUGACCGAAUCGGAGACACAGACGGCGAAGGCCACCGAGGAGAAACCGGAGACCGUCGAUACGGUUGAAGUGUCGGCGAACGAGUCCGCAAUCAUCCGGCAGCUCGAGUACUACUUCGGCGAUGCCAAUCUGCUAAAGGACAAAUUCCUGAAGGAAAAGAUCAAGGAAGACAACGGCUGGGUGACGCUGGAUGUGUUGCUCUCGUUCAAGCGGCUCAAGGCUCUGAGCGAGGACAAGAAGGUGAUCGUGGAUGCGAUCGAAAAGUCCACCGAAGGCCUGAUUGAGGUGAGCGAGGAUCGCGAGAAGUUGCGCCGGCAUCCGGAACGACCGCUGCCCGAGCUGGAUGAGGAAACACGCAAGGAAAUCUAUACGCGCACGGUUUACGUGAAGGGUUUUGCGCCCCAGGAUGGCACAAGCAUGAAUGAGCUGGUCGAGUUUUUCCAACCCUACGACAAGGUGGUCAACAUCGUAAUGCGCAAGUACCAUGAUAAGCCGACUAAGAAGUACCUGUUCAAGGGCAGCGUGUUUGUCACGUUCGUCAACACGGAGCAAUGCGAAAAGUUCCUCGCCAUCGAGAAGCUAUCGUACAAAGGAAAGGAGUUGAUCCGCAAGAUGCAGAACGACUAUUUCGUGGCCAAACAGGCGGAGAACAAGGAGCGGCAGGAGAAGAUCGAGCAGCGAAAGCGCAAGAAGGAGGAGGCCCAAACGCUAGCCACAGCACACCUACCCACCGGUGCGAGCGUAUUCCUGGAGGGGCUCGGUGCCGAAACCUCGCGCGAAACGAUCAAGGAAGCCAUCAAGAAGGUGGACGAUACGUUGGAGUUUGCUUUUGUGGAUUUCAAGAUCGGCGACAAGAGUGGUUAUGUUCGUUUUAACCAGGAGGGUGCCGGUAAGCGCUUCACUGAGAAGCUCACUGACAACAAGUUGAAAAUUGACGAUGUCGAGGUAACGGUAGAGUUGCUGGUGGAGGAGAAGGAGAGUGAGUACCUGAAGAAGGUAGCGCAGGACCAGCUGGCUAGACGAAAAGGUGGUAAUGCGAAGGGUAAGGGCGGCCGAGGUAACCGGGGAAAUAACAACAAAAAUCAUGGUGGCCACAAGCGAAAGCGAGAUGAUGCUGAAGAUGGUAAAGCUAAAGAUGGAGAGCCACCGGUGAAGAAGGCAGAAGCUAAGCCAGAGUCCACCGCCACCAGUGAAGUAAAGGCCGAUUAAACUAGAUAACGGAUUGAACGUUGAUUUUAUCCGUAAUGUAAGUUAUUUCCUUUAUGCAUUCU